AUGAUUACUGCUGAUAAAACAAAGACCACCAAACGUCGUGUUAAAAAUGAUGUUCCUGAAAUUCGAAGUAACGAUAUCAAUUUACUCGAUCUACCGUCAAUUUUUAGUGACGAAAGCAACGAAAAAGAUCUGCAAGAAAAAAAGGCCGGAACUGCAAAUCCGAGUGACUCUGAUUCUGACAGCGGGAAUUUGCCGAUUCCGAAGAGAAUGGAAGUCGAACAGCAAAAAUCUUCUGGUGUCAUUGAUUCUGAUUCCGACAGUUCCAUAGAUGAGAUGCUCAAAAAAGAUGACAAUUUGAUGCCACUGAAGAAAAUUACAGAUGAGAAGCUGAAAACCGUAGGAUUGAGUAACAUCGACGCAGUUCAUUCAUUAGAAAUGACUCCAAAAACUGGUAGUAAAAGAAAGAGAAAUUUAUUGAAUUCUAAGAACGCAGGAGUCGUGAAGCCGAGAUCUUUGAAUGACACAGACUUAUCUGAUUCUGAUAUAUCUACAAAACCGAUGCAAAAAAGAGAUGACAAUUUGACGCCAGUCAAGAAAAUUACAAAAGAAAUGAUGAUAAAAGCAGGAUUGAGUAACGUUGACGCAGUUCAUUCAUCUAAUAAUACUCCAAAAACUGGUAGUAAGAGAAAGAAGAAUAUGCCUACUCAAAACUUAAAAGUCAUGGAGUCAAGAUCUUUGAGUGACACCGACUCGGAUUCUGAUAUCUCCACAAAACUGAUGCGAAAAAAAUAUGAAAAUAAGCUGAAAUCUUCUGCAGUAAACGAUGUUAAAGCAGGCUGCUCCAAGGACAUAACUCCAAAAAAUGAUAAUAGAAGAAAAAGUUCAGAUUUUCCAAGUUCAAAGAAAAAUAAAGGGAACAUUCCGAAAUCUCCGGAUUGCACUAAAUAUGAGUCAAAUAUUUCUUGCGUUUUGACAAAAAGAGAUGGUAAAAAAGAGGUAAAUUUGACACCUUUCAAGAAAGCAAAUCAAAACAAGACGAAAUCUAUUGUAUUAAACGAUGUUAGAGCAGGCUGUUCCAAAGACAUCACUCCAAAAAACGAUUCUACAAGGAAAAGGAAGUCGUUAAGCCCUAAAAAAGUGAGAGAAAAUAUAUCACAAUCUCAGGAUACCACUGAUUCUGAGAUCGAUAUUCCUAUUGGUGUGACUCCCAAAAAAGAUCAUAAAAGCAAGAAAUUGCACCUAUCUUCAAGUCCUAUCGAUAAUAAUAAGUCUGAAACUACGAUAAAUACUGAUUCUUCAUUGGAUGCUUCAACCAAAAUCACUCCUAGGAAAGACUUUCAACUGACUAAUAAAAAACAUAUUGCUUCAGACAUGGAGUUGUACGAGGAAUUCUUGAGAUUUAAAGAAUUUAAAGAAAAAAAAUCAAUGGUUCAACAUGAACCAUAA